ACGAGAGCUGUGAGGAUGCUAAAGUAUGGUGGUCUCAGCUCCACAACGGAUCUUGCAACACGAAGCAAUCACGAUCACUACAGGGCGGGCAUUUCACUCCUCCGGACCAACCAUUUCGACAUCAAACACGCGUCAGGUCAAACGUCACCAGGCAUUCCCGUCAUGGGUGACGACAGCAACGAUACAUUAUCAAUAAGGUAGCCAUCCUCGAUAAAUGCAAACUACAACCGACUCGCCCUUGCAGCUGUCUGCUGCCGGCGUACCAGCCCCGUAGAUCCAAUCCAGGGCAAUUCCAGCCGUCCAUACACCACAUUACCAGCAUCACAGGAACCGCUGUUGGUACGCAAGAAGAAAAGCUUCAGAACAGCCAACACAUCACACAUUGCCUCCAUCGUCAUUGGCCAGCGGCACUUACACCGUGGCUGUGGUACAGAUACAGCGGGUGGGUCACAGCGGUGACCCCAGCAUCCCCUAUCGGCUUCAGUGGAGCCCUAGCCGCAGAGGUGCCCCAGAUUAUCGUUCACCACCUCGACUUACACACCGACAUUGUUCCACAUUAUCACCAGAACAACCUCACAAACACACUCCCCUCAGAAAAUGAUAGCAAGGUCAGACGAAAGUUAUUUUCCUCCAGUGCAAUCCAAAAUGGUUCUGGCACCAGAAUCCGAAGCAAAAGUAAUAGCCACCGAGCCACUUGCGGAUAGUGAAGCAGUCUGGACCAAACUCGUCAAAAAAAUCUACCUCGAUCCCAAAGGCAUAACCCGCACCUGGGAAUCCGCCGAGCGCCGCACCCGCCCCAAAGCAUCCGGCAUCGACGGCGUGGGCAUCGUCGCCAUCCUCGAAAAGCCCACCGGUCCCGAAGUCGUUCUCCAGAAGCAAUACCGCCCACCCCUGGACAAGAUCGUCAUCGAGCUCCCCGCCGGCCUCAUCGACGAGGGCGAAACGGCAGAAGAAGCCGCCGUUCGUGAGCUAAAGGAGGAGACUGGUUACGUCUGCGAGGUGAUAGAGUCCUCGCCCGUCAUGUUCAACGACCCCGGCUUUACGAACACCAACCUUAAGAUGGUGCACGUCAGUGUCGAUAUGAGCUUGCCGCAGAAUCAAAACCUGGAACCGGAGCUGGAGGAGAAUGAGUUCAUCGAGGUGUUUCACGUGAAGCUUGUUGAUUUGUGGGAGGAGUGUAUACGACUGGAGAAGGAAGGGUACGCGAUUGAUGCUAGGAUAGCGAAUUUGGCCGAGGGUAUCGAGAUUGCAAAGAAGUUCAGGCUGUGAGGGUCAUCAUGAACCGAGAGAUGUGGGAGGUUGAAUAGGAAUAGUAUUGUUAAUCGAGGGAUCUAAAGCAAGGAGUUCAGGUCGACAAACAUCAACACAGAUUGGGUAUAAUAAUAGAAAAUAAACCACAAGCAGAAAGCUGCCC